AAUUUUGUUAUUGUUUCACACUUCCUCUUAAACUUUGACAAUUUGUAUAUUAUAGCACAGAUAUUGCAAGACAGUUUAUUGGAGCUUAGCUCUGUAUCAUAUCACAAUUUAUAGUAAGAAAAUGCACUUUUGAUAAUAGAGAUAUCUCUAUUUAAAACUAAGAUAUCUCUAUUAAAAACUAAGAUAUCUCUAUUAAAAACUAAGAUAUCUCUAUUAAAAACUAUGAUAUCUCUAUUUAAAACUAAGAUAUCUCUAUUUAUGAUUAAAUGACAACUCGGCUCACCAUGCUCAAACAACUGACUGAAACGCACACACAUAAUGAAGCUGUGGUUAAGCUAUAAAAUAAAAAACCUUAUAGGAUAUCGUGGAGUUCUAACGGACCAGGCACGCAGCUUUUCUACUGUUAUUAUUAUUUAUCUAUAUAUCUAUAUGCUACAGUAUAUUUCUGAUAUGAGGGCGUAUCAAAUUGAUCAUUUCUAUUUGCAGUGCGUCGAUAACUACCUCAGUUCCUUCAGUCGUGUGCAAUAGAGUGUGUAUAUUUUAUUUUCAAUUAAAUUCAAUUCCCAAUUAAGCCAGUGUCCUAGAUGGUUAAGUAAUGAACAGCAAACGAUAAAUAUUACAGCCAAUCGUAAGAAAAUUUAAUCAGAAGAGGUUUUGUUUAAUUGUAAUUAAGUGUGUGUUCCGAUAUGUCGUGUUACGGUACGUUUACAUUAACAAUUGUUAUAAGGGUAUGUCUACUGUAAUAUCCUCAAACAAAAAUGCGUGUAAAGUUCUUGCGGUGAAAUUAAAUAUUUGACGUCAAUUAAAUCUUUCUCUUCCACAGAAUAUGGAAGAAUAUGCAAUUACAGGCGUGUUGUCCUUUAAAGUAAACGAGACGAUGGAUGCUGAUACAGAGAACAAUGUAUACCAAGAGAACCUUUACGAUGCUCCUUGGUCUAAUUUAUCCCUCGAUUCAAAACCUGAUGAUGACGAUUCACUGAUUCGCAUUUAUUUAUCUGUCUUAUUUUCAUUCAUUACUGUUGGAUCUAUAUUAGGGAAUGCUGUUCUUAUUAGCGUUGUUGUUGUCACAAAACAUUUACACAACCAUCAAAAUAUUCUGGUUGCAAACUUAUCUACUGCAGAUAUGAUUGUGUCUUCAAUGGUCAUGCCAUUUUCUAUCCAAUACUUUGUGACUGGUGUCUGGAAAUGGGGCUCAUUUUUCUGCGAAGUUUGGAUUUUAUUUGAUGUAUUAGCGUGCACAGCUUCCAUUUUAACUCUUUGCACUAUCGCGGGCGAUAGAUUUGUUUCGAUUAGCAAGCCAUUUUAUUAUGUUUCCAAGAUUUCGAAACAUCUAAUUUUUAAGUUUAUAUUCUUCAUCUGGCUAAUAUCCUUGUGCUUGGCAAGCAUACCGAUUGCUUUGAAAAUUGAUCGGCCUCAAAAUUUUACACGACCAGAAAGGACGUGCGAUCAGAUUUUCAAUCCGAUUUUUUCAAUCGUAUCUUCAAUUUGUUCUUUCUACUUGCCGCUUAUCGUCAUGUGUACGUUGUAUUUCAAAUUAUAUCGGGAAGCUAAACUUCAAUCAAAGAGAAUAAACGCAACGGUUGUAACGGCAGACGACCAUUGCCCAUCUGGGUGUCCAAAUCAAGUGAAAAGGCGGGAAAAUAAGGCAGCUGUCACGAUCGGUAUCAUCGUUGGUUGUUUUGUUGUCUGCUGGACACCAUAUUUUAUUGUAAAUAUUAUAUCACGGCUUCCCGGCGUCUACAUUAGCCCAGACGCAUAUAUGGGCUUCACUUGGCUAGGCUAUUUCAACUCGGCUAUAAACCCAUAUUUAUAUGUUGCUUUUACAAAUGAUAUUAAAAGAACGAUUGUUAAGUAUUUUACACCUGAAGAAAAACGACGAAAAGCAAUUGCGUUAAGGAACAUGUGAUACAUCAUGAAUCUGAAGAAAGAGAACGAAAACGCAGAGCGAAAGAAACUUUCGAAAUCCGAGUCAUAUCUCCUAAACCAGUAAACGACGUGCAACACGAAAUUCAGGAUAUCGCUCGUCUUUUGUAAAAUAAACACCC